AUGACGCUGCAGGUUGCGCUCAAACUGGAGCGCAUACUGGAGCCCCAAGCAGACUCCAAAAUUAAGCUCCUGCCUUCUUCUUCCGAACACCUACCACCACGAACCACUGACGAUUCGCCAUAUCCAGCCCCAUCCCUGAACACCCAUGGCGCCGAUGCCACCGCUGACGCAACCGCCGACGCCAACGGCUCGCCCGACUUCCCUCCCGGCUCGCCCAAGCCAUUUGUGCAUGUCACCGGGAAUCAACUGCGCAAACGGUCAAAAGUCUCAAGAGCCUGUGACGCCUGCCGUCGUAAGAAGAUCAAGUGUAAUGCCCAAUACUCAACCCUGCUUCAAAAAGUGACCCAAAUAUGUACAAACUGCUCGAAAAACCAGGAUGAGUGUACGUUUUCACGGGUGCCACUAAAACGAGGUCCCUCGAAGGGAUACAUUCGAGACUUGGAAGAGCGAGCGGAAACAAAGCUCACGCGGAACCGCAUAGUGCUCCCGCCCUUAGGGCUGGCGAAUAGCGGUGCUGCCCUCCCCACCGUGAACACGCCGCUCUCGCACUCGCCUCUCUCCAGCACACCGCCCCAGGGCCUCGCCCUGGGCCCCUUCUGGAAGGUGCCCUACGAAAUGCCCCAGGGAACUGGCCACCACCAGAAUCUCCUGCUGCUGCUGUCGCGCCGGGGCUCUGUUGACCUGGCGGCACUGCUGCUCUCGCUGGUGCUGGGCUCCGGCCAGCGCUCGCGCCUCCCUAGCAUUAAUGCCACCGACGCUCUGAUGGUACUGGACCUGGACGACGACUUCUACUCGGCCCUGUCGUACCGCCACCUGCGCCGCUCCUCGGCCCUGUUGUCGCCCCGCAACUCGGUCCUGAGUCUUCUGAGCUUAAACGGUCGUAUCCUCAAGGUCAACUUGGCCAAUGGCACCAAUUCGCCCACCGCGUCGCUCCCACCCGUCCAACAGUUCCAUGCCCGUUCUAAUUCUCACCCCAUUAUGCCUCCAUUGAAUUCACCCUACACACCACCGCUGCCGGCCCGCACUGUCCCCGCAGGGCUUGACCAAGAUAUCAAGACCUACUACGCCAAAUUCCAUCCCCCAUUCCCUAUUUUACCAUUUAACGAGACCUAUAUACUUCAGGUGGUCGAGUCUUAUGCUGUGAACGUCAAACAAGACGACCCCGUAAUCAGUCUUUUCGCCCAGGCCAUUCAUCAACUCAUCAAUUAUCAGUUUGUGUCCAUCAAUGAUACAAUCAACCUUGUGUAUAAGAUAUCAUCAAUUUACCCGUUCAGCAAUUUUGGCAUUCAACUCCAUGACAAUGUGCUUGUGUUAUUCUUCUCCCUGCUUAUUUUGGUGAAUUACCUGGUGCUCCUUUCGGGGAAUAUCUAUUCUCUUAGUUUGCUGAUGACCCUCUCGGUGUUCAACGACUUCAAGAUCCUUGAGAAUUUCAACGACUUGGUGGCCACCACCUCCAUUAAUUCUUUUGAUCCUGGGGCAGUCGAUAAUAUCAAACUUUACUUGCCAAAGUUGUAUUUGUGUCUCGUGGUAAUGGACCAAUUCUAUGCCCUCAGCUUUGGAAUCAAAACCCUUGUACCUCCACAGAAUUACGGUCCAUUAGUGUCUAACCUUUCGCUUUUGAUUCCGGCCGAUGUCUCCAAUCGACCACUCUUUCAGCUGGUGGACCUCAUGGCGGACUUACUUGAGAACCGUGAUAAAAUCAUCUUCAAGACCGGUAAAGACUUUAAGUUAUCUUCGGAUAUUUGGGGUCGUUUUAACGAAGCUUUCAACUUUAACUACCAUCUGAAUUACCAUACGUUGUUUUUGAAACUCGUUAAAUCAAAAUAUGAACUGAUAAAUUUCCUUAUUGAGAUCGCAACCCUUUUCAGGUCAGAUUCGUUCGUUUCAAGCUCAUCUUCAAACGAAGAAUGUCAAGAGGUUUUGAAUGAUCACAUUCUUAAACUUGUGCGGUUAAUUAAAACAUUGACCACCAAUUUGACCUCUAUCACCGAUUUCAUCAAUAAAAGCAUUAACAAAUUUGAGUUGGUCCAACCGGUCUUGAACAUCUCCAUUAAUCAAAUUUUCAAGUUGAUUAAGUUGUGCAAAUUGGUUAUUGAUUCUUUGGUUCAACUGGUCCUGGGAGAUCUUUACCAUCGAAUCUAUAAGAUCAAUAGCGAUUUACUCAGCUGUUUCAACAACUUAAAUGUCAUCUUGAGCCUAAACAUGAACGUGCUCUCCACCAGUUCGCUUAAUUUGAUUAAGAACAAGGUGUCAGGCUUCGCUAUGAACUUCAACUUUCCAACUUUAGCACCUAAUAGUUCCAAUAACUUGAUGGGCUGGAAAUAUGAUCUUUUUUCAUCAAUUUUACCAUUUGUUGAACGUGAAGACGUUGACGGAUGGCUCUAA